CCUAAUUUGUUUGGUGGCCCCCACGGAUCCAAACCAUGCCAAACAAACAGAUAAAACAGCUAACUAUAAGACAAGUAAGUCUCCCUAGAUACAGAGUUACAUUGCCACGUUAAAUUGUCGUUUUGGUAACGGAGAAGGCUUUACUAAGGUGUGUUAUGUGUUUCACCGUCUCAACUAAAAACACACACACACAAGCAAUAUGAGCAAUCCUCAAACUGUGAGAUACAUCUUUACUAAGGUGUUGAAGAAGCUGGAGCCAUGGCGUGACCUCAAAGACAAAGUGGUUCUUGUGACAGGAGCUUCCUCUGGUAUAGGAAAAGAGAUCUGUCUUGAUUUGGGCAAAGCUGGUUGUAAGAUUAUCGCAGCAGCACGUCGUGUCGACCGCCUCAACUCUCUCUGCUCUGACAUCAACAGAUUCGGCUCAACCGGAACCCAAGCCACAGCUCUCGAGUUCGACGUGGCAUCGGAUGCAGCCACCAUUCGAAAAGCGGUUAAGGAAGCUUGGGAAGUAUUUGGAAAGAUCGAUGUGCUGAUCAACAAUGCUGGAAUCAGAGGCAAUGUCAAGUCGAGUUUGGAUUUGUCGGAGGACGAGUGGGACAAAGUGUUCAGGACCAACUUAACCGGGCCCUGGUUGGUCUCCAAAUACGUCUGUAUUUUAAUGCGUGACGCUAAACAAGGUGGCUCGGUGAUUAACAUAUCUUCCUUGUCUACAAUCAAAAAUCUGACAAGUCUCUCAAGUCUUAACUCAGAGUCUUAG